AUGGGGACCAGUACUCGCAGUUCUACCAAUAGAAAACCAAAUGAAAGUAUGAGGCUUGCUCUGACAACUUUUGCUGGAAUACUUUUUGGUUUCUUUAUAGGGAUAUCCUUCCCAACAUUAACUACAAAGUUGAAUAUCUCAUCUAACCUGCUUCCCUCCAUUGACGUGUCUUCCAUUGAAAAUGAUUAUGAAAGUGGCAAUGCUCGGUCUUUUAUGAAGAAUAAUAGCAGCGACUCAUCAAAAUAUCAGUUAUUAAAUGACACGUUGAAGAUUUGGAUUCCGUCAAAUCCAAGAGGUGCAGAAAGAUUACCUCCUGCGAUAAUUGAAGCUGAGUCAGACUUUUAUUUGCGUAGAUUGUGGGGUCAGCCUAGUGAGGAUUUAACCUCAAAGCCUAAAUACCUUGUGACCUUCACUGUUGGUUAUGAUCAGAAACAUAAUAUUGACGCAGCCGUGAAAAAGUUUUCGGGGAAUUUCACAAUUCUUCUCUUUCAUUAUGAUGGCCGAACAACUGAAUGGGAUGAGUUUGAAUGGUCAAAGCAGGCUAUUCACGUGAGUGUUCGCAAACAGACCAAAUGGUGGUAUGCUAAACGGUUUCUGCAUCCUGACAUUGUGGCACCAUAUGACUAUAUUUUUAUGUGGGAUGAAGAUCUGGGUGUUGAGCAUUUUAAUGCAGAGGAAUACUUAAGACUGGUGAGGAAACAUGGGUUGGAGAUUUCACAGCCUGGUUUGGAACCUAAUAAUGGUCUGACAUGGCAAAUGACAAAGAGAAGAGGUGAUCGUGAAGUUCACAAAGAAACAGAGGAGAAACCAGGAUGGUGCAGUGAUCCUCAUCUGCCUCCUUGUGCAGCGUUUGUUGAGAUUAUGGCUCCAGUGUUUUCACGUGAUGCAUGGCGCUGUGUAUGGCAUAUGAUUCAGAAUGACUUGGUCCAUGGGUGGGGUCUUGACUUUGCCCUUAGAAAAUGUGUAGAGCCGGCCCAUGAUAAGAUAGGAGUUGUUGAUUCUCAGUGGAUUAUUCAUCAAAGUAUCCCCUCACUAGGGAAUCAGGGAGAAUCAACUUCUGGGCAAGCGCCAUGGCAGGGGGUGAGGGAGAGGUGUAGAAAGGAGUGGACAAUGUUCCAGAGUCGGAUGGCAAGUGCAGAAAACGCAUAUUACAAAGCCGUGGGGAUUGAUUUGUUUAAUUCAACUAAUCCUUAG